CACAUCAUUCAGCUUCUCUCUCUACGAACCCAUUUUAAACAUGACGACUCUGACCGCCGCCGCCGUUCUCCUCCUCUUCUCCGCCGUCCUCACCCUAGUCACGGCGGACAUGUCAAUCAUCGCGUAUAACAACAAGCAUCCCUCAAAAUCCACUUUUGAAAGAAGCAACGAGGAAAUGAUGGAUCUAUAUCAAACCUGGAUGGCCAAACACGGCAAAAUCUACAACAAGAUUGGUGAAUCCGAUAAGCGAUUCAACAUUUUUAAAGAUAAUUUGAUCUUCAUCGAUGCUCAUAACUCCAAUAACCUCACUUACAAGGUGGGUUUAAACCGAUUUGCCGAUCUAACCAACGAAGAAUACCGAUCCUUGUACCUCGGCAUGAAACCUGACGCCCGUCGCCGAUUUGUUAAAUCAAAGGUCGCCAGCCAACGGUAUGCUGUUUCCGCCGGAGAAAAGCUACCGGAAUCGGUUGACUGGAGGAAAGAAGGUGCCGUUGCUCCGGUUAAGAACCAGGGAGACUGCGGAAGCUGUUGGGCUUUUUCGACAAUUGUGGCGGUGGAAGGAAUCAACAAGAUAGCGACCGGAGAAUUGAUUGUUCUGUCGGAGCAAGAACUUGUUGACUGUGAUCGAACUCUUAACGCCGGUUGCGACGGCGGACUUAUGGAUUACGCUUUUGAUUUCAUUCAUCGUAACGGUGGGAUAGAUACUGAGUCAGAUUAUCCUUAUCUUGCCUCCGACGGCACCUGCGAUGUCGCUAAGGAGAAUGCGAAGGUGGUGAGCAUAGACGGUUACGAAGACGUGCCUUCCAAUGAUGAAAUUGCUUUGCAGAAAGCGGUUGCACAUCAGCCCAUCAGUGUCGCCAUUGAAGCCUCUAGCAGAGCUUUUCAGCUCUAUGUUUCCGGUACAUUCACUGGCAAUUGCGGAACAUCGCUGGACCAUGGAGUGGCGGCGGUUGGGUAUGGAACUGAGAAUGGAGUUGAUUAUUGGAUCGUGAGGAACUCGUGGGGAGAGGAUUGGGGUGAGAAGGGAUAUAUCAGGAUGGAGCGAAACACUGCUGGUCAUGGUAUGAGAUCGGGGAAAUGUGGAAUAGCGAUGCAAGCUUCUUAUCCCAUUAAGAAGAAGACCGGCUAUGCUCACACCCAUAUUGGAACCAUUGUUUGAUUGUAAUGAAUUAAACAUUAUUGUAAUGAAUCAAAUAUAUAUAUAUAUAGAAGUGGUUAAAGGCUUAUUUUACUUCUAAAUUGUAAUUCCCAUUGGUUGGUUGCCUUGUAAGAUGAUGAUGGUGGUGGUGGAAGCUGAUGGAGGCCUAUUUUAGUUUGUUAAAUUGCUGUGUAAUAUAUAAUGUUGUUAUUACCUUCA